AUGGGUCCUGCAUGUCGAGAUUCUCGUUCAAAACAAGAAAACUUACAAUAUGAAUCAAGGUCAAGGCAAAAAGAUGCGGAUUCCUCAACUAGAUUCAGAAAGGAACGGGAUGUGCGAGGAGACAAUUCUAGCACACAUGCGAGAAUCGGAGAUUACAGUUUUAAUGUCAGUACCUCCGAAGUGGUGGUUGUUUUAAGAGGUACGGGAGAUAAGGUACGGUGGCCUAAGGAAAUGAGGUCAGACCCGAGCAAAAGAAAUCCAGAUUAUUGGUGUGAAUUUCACAACGAUCACGGCCAUAGAAAAGCUAAUUGCAAGUUACUACAAGGAGAGGUCAAGCAUUUGUUAAGGCAAGGUUAUCUAACUGACCUGUUCAUCGAGAAAGGUAGGCAAUCAUAUAUGAAGAAUAGGCAAGAACCUCCAAAAUCCCCGUCUCCAAAAAGAACAGUUAACGUAAUAACCGGGAGAGACGAGGUCAAUGGUGUGACUUAUACAGUAGCAAAGAAGAUGUCGAAAGUCAUAGUCACUCAUGGGAAGCGAAUACGUCAAACCUUGGAAGGAGACAGUAUAACAUUUGAUGAUGAAGAUACGGACGGCUUGAUGAUUCCUCACAAUGACGCACUGGUAAUAUCUUUACUUGUACACGAUACUAACGUACAACGAGUUUUGAUUGACUCAGGUAGUUCCGCGAAUAUCAUUUUACUAAGAGUGGUGGAUGAGAUGCAAGCUAACUACAAGAUGAUACCAAAGGCACUGACUUUAUCUGGGUUUAAUAAUUCAAGUGUUAUCACGAAAGGAGAAGUAGUGUUGGCUAUGUUUAUAGAAGGGCUUAUCAAAGAUACAAAGUUUCAGGUGAUAGAUGCAUAUAUGGCCUAUAAUAUAAUCUUGGGGAGACCAUGGAUUCACGAUAUGGAUGUUGUACCAUCCACAUUGCAUCAAGUUAUCAAAUUUCCUUCACAGUAG